AUGGAGUCCAUGGUGGUGAUGGCCGAGUUCGAGGAGGGAAGUCUGGACGUGGAGGAGGCCGAAGGGACACCUGAAGAAGACCUCAGCCGUACCCCUGCCCUCAUCAACACCUCCCCUGAGGAACCAACCUCUCCGCCGCGACCUACUGGCAAGAGGAAGCCACGGAAAACAAAAUUUGUCGAAGACCCUCUCCUAGCGGAGGCCCGUUCACUGCUGCUACGUAAACCAGAUGAGUUUGACGACUUUGCUUCGUAUGUCAGCAAAACUAUGCGGAAGGUUUCUGCGCAGCAGCAGCCAAACCCUCCUGGCAUCCUCAGAAAGCCAAACCCUCCCGGCAUCCUCAGAAAGCCAAUCCCUCCCGGCAUCCUCAGAAAGCCAAACCCUCCCGGCAUCCUCAGAAAGCCACACUCUUCCGACAUCCUCAGAAAGCCAAACCCUCCCGGCAUCCUCAGAAAGCCAAACCCUCCCGGCAUACUCAGAAAGCCAUACCCUUACGGCAUCCUCAGAAAGCCAAACCCUCCCGGCAUCCUCAGAAAGCCAAACCCUCCCGGCAUACUCAGAAAGCCAUACCCUUCCGGCAUCCUCAGAAAGCCAAACCCUUCCGGCAUCCUCAAAAAGCCAAACCCUUCCGGUAUCCCCAGAAAGCCAAACCCUCCCGGCAUCCUCAGAAAGCCAAACCCAGCCGGCAUCCUCAGAAAGCCAAACCCUACCGGCAUCCUCAGAAAGCCAAACCCUCCGGCAUCCUCAGAAAGCGAAACCCUCACGGCAUCCUCAGAAAGCCAAACCCAGCCGGCAUCCUCAGAAAGCCAAAUCCUCCCGGCAUCCUCAGAAAGCCAAACCCUUCCGGUAUGCUCAGAAAGCCAAACCCUCCCGGCAUCCUCAGAAAGCCAAACCCAGCCGGCAUCCUCAGAAAGCCAAACCCUUCCGGUAUGCUCAGAAAGCCAAACCCUCCCGGCAUCCUCAGAAAGCCAAACCCAGCCGGCAUCCUCAGAAAGCCAUACCCUCCCGGCAUCCUCAGAAAGCCAAACCCUCCGGUAUCCUCAGAAAGCCAAACCCUUCCGGCAUCCUCAGAAAGCCAAACCCAGCCGGCAUCCUCAGAAAGCCAAACCCUCCCGGCAUCCUCAGAAAGCCAAACUCUUCCGGUAUCCUCAGAAAGCCAAACCCUCCCGGCAUCCUCAGAAAGCCAAACCCAGCCGGCAUCCUCAGAAAGCCAAACCCUCCCGGCAUCCUCAGAAAGCCACACCCUUCCGGCAUCCUCAGAAAGCCAAACCCUUCCGGCAUCCUCAGAAAGCCAAACCCUCCCGGCAUCCUCAGAAAGCCAAACCCAGCCGGCAUCCUCAGAAAGCCAAACCCUCCCGGUAUCCUCAGAAAGCCAAACCCAGCCGGCAUCCUCAGAAAGCCAAACCCUCCCGGCAUCCUCAGAAAGCCAAACCCUUCGGGCAUCCUCAGAAAGCCAAACCCUCUCGGCAUCCUCAGAAAGCCAAACCCUCCCGGCAUCCUCAGAAAGCCAAACCCUCCCGGCAUCCUCAGAAAGCCAAACCUAGCCGGCAUCCUCAGAAAGCCAAACCCUCCCGGCAUCCUCAGAAAGCCAAACCCUCUCGGCAUCCUCAGAAAGCCAAACCCAGCCGGCAUCCUCAGAAAGCCAAACCCAGCCGGCAUCCUCAGAAAGCCAAACCCUCCCGGCAUCCUCAGAAAGCCAAACCCUCCGGUAUCCUCAGAAAGCCAAACCCUUCCGGCAUCCUCAGAAAGCCAAACCCAGCCGGCAUCCUCAGAAAGCCAAACCCUCCCGGCAUCCUCAGAAAGCCAAACCCUUCCGGUAUCCUCAGAAAGCCAAACCCUCCCGGCAUCCUCAGAAAGCCAAACCCAGCCGGCAUCCUCAGAAAGCCAAACCCUCCCGGCAUCCUCAGAAAGCCACACCCUUCCGGCAUCCUCAGAAAGCCAAACCCUCCCGGCAUCCUCAGAAAGCCAAACCCUCUCGGCAUCCUCAGAAAGCCAAACCCAGCCGGCAUCCUCAGAAAGCCAAACCCAGCCGGCAUCCUCAGAAAGCCAAACCCUCCCGGCAUCCUCAGAAAGCCAAACCCUCCGAAAGCCAAACCCUCCCGGCAUCCUCAGAAAGCCAAACCCAGCCGGCAUCCUCAGAAAGCCAAACCCUCCCGGCAUCCUCAGAAAGCCACACCCUUCCGGCAUCCUCAGAAAGCCAAACCCUUCCGGCAUCCUCAGAAUGCCAAACCCUCCCGGCAUCCUCAGAAAGCCAAACCCAGCCGGCAUCCUCAGAAAGCCAAACCCUCCCGGUAUCCUCAGAAAGCCAAACCCAGCCGGCAUCCUCAGAAAGCCAAACCCUCCCGGCAUCCUCAGAAAGCCAAACCCUUCGGGCAUCCUCAGAAAGCCAAACCCUCUCUGCAUCCUCAGAAAGCCAAACCCUCCCGGCAUCCUCAGAAAGCCAAACCCUCCCGGCAUCCUCAGAAAGCCAAACCUAGCCGGCAUCCUCAGAAAGCCAAACCCUCCCGGCAUCCUCAGAAAGCCAAACCCUCUCGGCAUCCUCAGAAAGCCAAACCCUCCCGGCAUCCUCAGAAAGCCAACAUUGCAGUGUCCACAAAACUGCUACUGCUUGUGAUCGCAUGCUGGUAG